AUGGCCAAAACAAAGUCUCUACUGCUUCUCCCACCACCUCCCACAAUUGUGGAUGCGUCAUCUAUUGCUGCGGCAUAUAAGCAGUCCAUCUCAGCUACUGUAUCAAGCCUCAGAAAUCAGCCCACAAGUACAGAGCUUCAAGUAGUACUGCCAUGUCCUCCUACGCCUUGGAGUGAUACUCAAAACCUCCUGGCUACUUUCUACGGUCUUUUCUGUCUGGUUUGUGUUAAUCUUGACGUUGAUGUUGACACGGGUACUCCUGGAUCGGUGGACGCACGAGUUCUAUUGUUAGACUAUGAUGAGAGUUGGACAGAAAAUGCGGGCGAGCAACAUGCUCUCAGUGUUCAUGCUGGACCAAUCGUGGAACUUCCAACAUUGGCAAUAACUCGUUACCAGUGGGACCAGAUCUUUUCCGUUGACGGCGAGGGAGGUCAGAAACUGCUAGCACAUUUCGCCAAUCUGGCAAACCAAACGAGCCCUCUACUGUCUGGCCAAUUCCAUACAGUCAGCGGCGGAAUAAUCAUGAAGCAAAAUAUCCUCAAGGAGCCCCAGGAAUCAAUCAAAUCGUCGUCAUACCAUGAAGUUGUUGCCGUUGGUGGAACUUUUGAUCAUCUUCACGCCGGUCAUAAACUACUACUUACCGCUACUGCCCUGCUUCUCAAGCCUCAGCCUGUCACUUCAACAAGACUUCGGCGUCUGAUCGUUGGUAUCACUGGAGACGAGCUUUUGAAAAACAAAAAGUACGUCGAGCACCUAGGUACCUGGGAACAACGACAGGAUGAUGUUGUUGACUUUUUGCUAUCAAUACUUUCCUUUACAACACAGGAUCGGGAAAGCGAGGUCAAAAAGGUACAAUAUAAUGAGCCGGUUCCAAAUGGUCGGGCCAUACAUACUACCAUCAAUUCUUCUUUUCUCACAAUCGAGUGUGUAGAGAUCCAGGAUCCUUUUGGGCCAACAAUCACAGAUAAGAGCGUCACAGCCUUGGUUGUUUCAAGUGAGACGAAAUCCGGUGGCCAAGCGGUCAAUGACAAGAGGGUUGAGAAGGGUUGGGAGCCACUGGAGGUAUAUGAGGUUGAUGUUCUAGAUACCAGCGAGGAUAUCGACAGUAGUGUCAAAGCAAAAGACUUUUCAUCUAAAAUCAGCAGCUCUGCUAUACGCAAACGAAUUGCCGAGACCACACAGAAAUCCUCCCUCUAG